AUGAUCUGUAGCUCCAAGCACAACUCCAAGAGCUGCCUGGGAGGGAGCAGUGGUGGCAGUGCCAGCACCGGCGGUGGAGGGGGCAGCAAGUAUUCCUCUGCCUCCUCAAGAGGAAUCACUUCCAGGAUUUCUGGCAGCAGCAGUGGUGGAGGAAGCUCCAGGAGCCUAUGGAGGGGGGAUGAGUGGAGUGGGUUUGGUGCUGCCUAUGGAGGAAGCUUUGGCAGUGGUGGCUUUCAUGGAGGGAAUGUGGGAAUUCUGUCCAAUGAUGAGAAGCUGACCAUGCAGUGCCUUAAUGAACGCCUGGCUUCCUACCUGGAGAUAGUCAAAAACUUGGAAAAGGAAAAUUCUCAGCUGGAACAGUUAAUUAGGGAGUGGUACCAGAAGCAAGGUCCUACUGGUACAAAGGACUACAGCCACUACUAUGGAAAAAUAGAAGACCUUCAAAAUCAGAUUGUGACUGCAGCUGUGGAAACCAACAAGGUACUUUUGGACCUGGAUAACACAAAGAUGACUGCAGAAGACUUCAGGAUAAAGUACGAGACGGAGCGCGGCCUGCGGCAGAACGUGGAGGGCGACAUCAACAGCCUGCGGCCCCUGCUGGACAGCCUGACCCUCAGCAGGGCUGACCUGGAAGCGCAGUUUGAGUCGCUGAAGGUGGAGAUGAUUGACCUCAAGAAGAACCACGAGGAGGAAAUGAAAUCCCUUCAAACACAGUCCAGUGGUGACGUGAACGUGGAGGUGAACGCUGCUCCAGGAGAGGAUCUGCUGAAGAAACUGAAUGAUAUGAGACAAGAAUAUGAAAAUAUUAUUCAGAAAAACCGUGAAGAGGUUGAAAAGUGGUAUGGAAUCAAGAUGGAGGAAGUGAGUCAACAAGUCCACUCGAGUGGCCAGGAAGUGGAAUCGAGUAACCAGAAGAUCUCUGAGCUGAGACGUGACUAUCAGGGCCUGGAAAUCGAGCUGCAGGCCCAGAUCAGCACGGGACAGUCUCUGCGAUCCAACCUGGACGACACCGAGCGUCGCUACAGCAUGCAGCUGCAGCAGAUCCAGAACCUGAUCAGCCCCUUGGAGGAGGAGCUGGCCAGCAUCCGCUGCGAGAUGGAGAGUCAGAACCAGGAGUACAAGAUGCUCCUGGGCAUCAAGACCCGCCUGGAGCAGGAGAUCGCUCAGUACCGGGCUCUGCUGCAGGAGGGGCAGCAGGACAUUGGCAUCUCGCAGGGAGGAGCUGGUGGUGGAUCUUCAGGAGGAGGAGGUCAUGGAGGAACUAGCUGGUCUUCUGGAAGAGGGAGCAGUGGAGGAGGAAGUGGUUGGUCCUCAGGUGGAGGAAAAACUGGAGGAUCCUAUGGAAGAACUUCCUCUUCUGGAGGUGGAGGAGGAGGGAGUGGAGGAGGAACAGGAGGUGGCAAAACCUCAGGUGGAGGAGGUGGCAGUGGUGGAGGAGGAGGAGGAGGGGGCAAAUCCUGCCUCUCCCGCUCUUCAUCUGCCCAGUCCCAGUCUGGCAGCUCUUGUGAAAGCCAGGUUCCAGGAGAUGGUGAAAACAUGAAGCUCUGCCUGGAAGGGAACAGAACACUGGAGAGAGGAGCAACCAUGGAGGAAGUGUCCGAAGCCAUAAAAACGAUGAGAUCGGGGAGCUUCAGAAGGUCUGAGGAGUGA